UUUUCAUGUUCUGGAUGGCCAUCUGUAUGUCUUCUUUGGAAAGUAUCUAUUCAGAUCAUCUGCCCAUUUUUGAUUGGGUUUUUUUGGUUUUUGAUAUUGAGUUAUAUAACUUGUAUAUUUUAGAUAUUAACCCCUUGUCAGUUGCAUCAGUUACAAACAGUUUCUCCCAUUCCUUAUGUUGUCUUUUCAUUUUGUUGAUGGUUUCCUUUGCUGUACAAAAGCUUUUAAGUUUAAUUAGGUCCCAUUUCUUUAUUUUUGCUUUUAUUUCUUUUGCCUUGGGAAACUGAUCCAAGAAAAUGUUGCUACAAUUUAUGUCAAAGAAUGUUCUGCCUGUGUUCAAUUCUAGGAGUUUUAUGGUUUCAGGUCUUAUAUUCAAGUCUUUAAAGCAUUUUGAAUUUAUUUUUGUGUAUGGUGUGAGGGAAUGUUCUAAUCUCAUUGUUUUACAUGCAGCUGUCUAGUUUUCCCAGCACCACUUGUUGAAGAGACUGUCUUUUCUCUAUUGUAUAUUCCUUCCUCCUUUGUAGUAGAUUAACUGGCCAGGGGUGUGUAGGUCUUUUUCUGGGCUAUUUUGCUCCAUUGAUCUCUGUAUCUGUUUUUGUGCCAGUACCAUGGUGUUUUUAUUACUGUAGCUUUGUAGUAUAGUCUGAAGUCUGGGAGGGUUAUGUCCGCAGCUUUAUCUUUUUUCUCAAGAUUGCUUUUGCAAUUUCAGGUCUUUUAUGGUUCCAUAAAAUUUUAGAAUUAUAUGUUCUAGUUCUGUGAAAAGUAUCAAGGGUAUUUUAUAAAGAUUUCAUUAAAUCUGUAGGUUGCAUUUAGUAAUAUGGCCAUUUUAAUAAUAUUAAUUCUUGCAGUCCAAGAGCUUUGGAUAUCUUGCCAUUCCUUUGAAUCACCUUCAAUUUCCUUCAUCAGUGUUUUAUAGUUUUCAGAGUAUAGGUCUGUCACCUCCUUGGUUAAGAUUAUUCCCAGGUGUUUUGUUUUGCUGUUAAUAAUUCUUUUUUUCUUUCUUUUUUUUUUAAAUUGAAGUAUAGUUGAUUUACAGUGUUGUGUUAGUUUCAGGUGUGCGGCAAAGUGAUGCAGUUAUACAUACAUAUAUAUCUAUUUUUUUCAGAUUCUUUUCCCUUAUAGGUUAUUACAGAAUAUUGAGUAUAGUUCCCUGUGCUAUGCAGUAGGUCCUUGUUGGUUAUCUCUUUUAUAUAUAGUAGUGCGUAUAUGUUAAUCCCAAAUUCCUAUUUUAUCCCUCCCCCCCUUUCCCCUUUGAUAACCAUAAGUUUGUUUUCUAUGUCUGUGGGUCUAUUUCUAUUUUGUAUAUAAGUUCAUUAAUACUAUUUUCCCCCAGGUAUUUUUUUGAUGGAUUUUAAAUGAGAUUGUUUUUUUACUUCCUCUUCCUGAUAGUUCAUUAUUAGUGUAUAAACACACAACAGAUUCCUGUAUAUUAAUCUUGUAUCCUACAACCUUGCUGAAUUCAUAUUAGUUUUGAUGUAGAGACUUUGUUUCUUUAUACAGAGUAUCAUGUCAUCUGCAAAUUGUGACAGUUUAACUACAUUCCUGCCAAUUUGAAUGCCUUUUAUUUCUUUUUCCUGUCUAGUUGCUAUGGCUAUGAGUACCAAUACUAUGAUAAAUAGAGUGGUAAGAGCGGGCAUCCUUGUCUUGUUCCUGAAUUUAGAGGAAAGGCUUUCAGCUUUUCACCACUGAGUAUUAUGUUGGUUGUAGAUUGGUUGUAAAUGAGCUUUAUUAUGUGAGUUAUGUUCCCUCUAUAGCCUGUUGAUGAGGGUUUUUAUCAGGAACGGAUGUUGAAUUUUGUGAAAUGCUUUUUCUGCAUCUAUUGAGAUGAUCAUGUGAUUUUUAUCUUCCUUACAAUCAACUUUUGAAAGUUCUCAAGGAGAUCGUUUAUGUUGUCUUUUUCUAAUCAUGUCUUCCAAACUGAGUGUGCAUCUGACACUUAUAACACCUUUCAAUAUGGAUGAGGCCCACCUCAGUAGCCAUACAUGGCUGGUGGACACCAUAUCUGACAGCUCAGGUGUAGUAUAAACGCUCUCACCACCUAAAUUAUACCCCAAGGAUGAAUCAUGUCCUUCAUUCCAAACAGCAUUUCAAAAAUCAGAACUUUGGGGCUAUGAGUCAUUUAUAUUUAUGUCUUAUGUCUUCAUUACAUAGUAAUAAUGAUUUCAAAUCACUAUGCAUGUAAAGAUAAAAGUGACCCAGGGAAUAGUAUCGAUUCAACUCAUGGAAAUUCCAAUCUCAUGUGCAUUUUUCCCAUAGAGGACCCAUGGCUGAACACUUUAAGGAAGCAAGUAAAUGUAUGGUUUGCCUGAAUUAUCUUGAAAACCCCAUGUACCUGAAAUGUGGAUAUGUCUGCUGCUUCCGGUGCCUCGAUUCACUGCAGAAGGAGGUUGAUGGGGGUGGUUUAUUGUGCCCCAACUGCUCUGUGGUCUCACAGAAGAAUGACCUCAGGCGCGCUCUCAAGCUCGGAGCUCUGGUUUCAAAGGUUAAGGAGUUAGAGCCCCAGCUGAGAGCUGUUCUCCAGAUGAACCCAAGGAUGCGGAAGUUCCAAGUGGAUGUGACCUUGGAUGUUGACACAGCCAACAAGUACCUCAUCAUUUCUGAGGACCUGAAAACUGUCCGUUGUGGGUUUUUCAAGCAGAAGAAGAGGUCCCGACCUGAGAGAUUCAGCCGUACAACUUGUGUCCUGGGAUUCCCUCUGUUCACCUCUGGCCGCCAUUACUGGGAGGUGGACUUGGGGUCCAGCCAAGAAUGGGACGUGGGCGUUUGCAAAGAAUCUGUGCGUCGACGAGGGAAGACUCAACUGGCUCCAGAUCUUGGCUUCUGGACUGUGAGUUUGAGAAAUGGAGACGUCUUCUCUGCCCACACUGUGCCUUCCACUGUUCUCAAGGUGGGCCCCAGGUUACAUCGAGUGGGGAUUUUCCUGGAUAUGAAUAUUGGAAUUGUUUCCUUUUAUCACGUUGGUGACGGAUCCCAUAUUUUUACAUUCACUAAAGUUUCUGCUGGGCAGCCACUGCGUCCAUUUUUUUCUCCUGCAUAUCCAACUGAGGAUGAUCAAAGCUUCCUGAGAAUCUGUCCUUUGAUGAGUCUAGGCACUGACGGUCCUCUGUGGAAUCCAGGGCAAAGCAAGUGAAACUCUGACUAUGGAAACAUGGAUAGGAAAUUCUUGUGUACACAUAGCUGUGGAUGGGAAUGUUCCUCUUUGCUACACAUAUGGUGCAAACAUGUAGCAGAAAGUUAUGGAACAAUUCAUGAAUCAUUAACACAAAUUGUAUUAGGGAAAGUUACAUUUCCAGAAUGAGUGUUAUGGACUUGUUUAUUUCUGUUCCAAUUAUUAUGUUCUUUCAGAUCAAUCUCCAAAUGUUUUCUUUUAAUUUCCUGUAAGCUUAACUUAGUGCAUGAUGGAGAUUAUAAACUAAAUAAAUUAUAAUAAUUAUAAACUAAAUAAAGUUCAUUUGUGAUUCUACAGAUGCAUUUUUCUACAUAUUAUGGAACUAAGACAUGUUUCAACAGUAAAAAAAAAAAAGU